AUGCGGGAGUACUUCUUCCAUCUAUCCUUCGAGCUCCAUCCUUUGCGCUCUUCGCCGGAUACAACCUUCACCCCGCCGCCGCAGACGGACAUCUUCACAUCAGAGCUCCCAGCACAUAGGCGAGCCUCGUGGAGCUCAGCAUCGCCGGUACCUAGGGCCUACAGCGCUACCGCCUCCAGUAGCGAGCUUCCUGCACGACCUGCCAACUCUCGACGGCUCAGUCAGCGCACGCGACUCUCGUUCUCGAACCGCCACGAUAGCCCGGUGCCAGUCGGCAAGCCAACGACCAAGAGCGGACACAAAAGGACGCAGAGCUUUGCUGCCCACGAGGAUUGGCGAUUCGACACGAUAUCCAUCCUCAGCAUCGACAUGCUCCCAAGCAACAGCGACGACACACCGCAGCCCCACGCAAACCCCCUCAAACAUGCUGCAACCUCCGGUGGCCUAGCGACCAAGGGCAAGUUCAUACCCUCCGACCCCAAGAACACCGAGGUGGGCUGGGGCGUCGUGCACCUAUUUCGUGAUGGAGGUGAGACACCAGGGCUGUACGACGAGGUUGGGGGUGCGGACGGACCCUUCGUUGAACAGAACUGCACGACCCUCUGCAUACUGGCUGUGCCCUCGUACAUGACGCCGUCGGACUUUCUAGGCUUUGUUGGAGAGCAGACAAGAGAGAAUGUCUCGCACUUCAGGCUCAUCCGGACCAGCAGGGCAAACAAAUACAUGGUGCUGAUGAAGUUUCGGGAUGCAAGCCAGGCGAGGGCGUGGAAGAAGGAGUGGAACGGGAAGGCAUUCAACAGCAUGGAGCCCGAAUACUGCCACGUCGUUUUUGUCAAGUCCAUCAACUUCCGAGACGGCGACUCUUCCGCGCGCGACCCCUCCUCGUACCCUGAUCUUACCAACGAUCCGUUCACGCCGGCUGCAUCCAAAGAGCCUACUGCUCCGCUGACCCCCGCGCCGAGCGCCUCCCCCUCUGCAGAAAACGCAAACACUUCGCUUGCGUCUUCGCUCACCACCAAACCACAUGCUCCGCCCACGCCUGCACUAGUCGAGCUGCCGACAUGCCCUGUCUGCCUCGAGCGCAUGGACGAGACUACCGGGCUUCUGACGAUACUUUGCCAGCACGUCUUUCACUGUGCUUGCUUGGAGAAGUGGCGCGGCUCAGGCUGUCCAGUCUGUCGCUACACCCAAAACGACGCCUUCACAUCGCAUCGUGGCCUUGAUGGCGAGGCUCCAGAGAACAACUGCAAGGAAUGUGGCGCUACUGAGAAUCUGUGGAUCUGCGUCAUCUGCGGUAAUAUAGGAUGCGGACGCUACGACGAGGCCCAUGCGUUUGCUCACUAUGAGAGCACAAAACACGCUUACGCUAUGGACGUGGCAACACAACAUGUCUGGGACUACGCAGGUGAUGGCUACGUCCACCGUCUGAUCCAAAACAAGGCCGACGGUAAGCUCGUUGAUCUCCCCGCCUCGACACACCAGACGUUCGGCGCAGCUAGCAUGACCGGCUACGCCAACGACACUGUUCCCCGUGAAAAGUUGGACAACAUGGGCAUGGAGUACGCCUACCUGCUCACAUCCCAGCUCGAAUCGCAGCGAGCCUAUUUCGAGGAACAAUUGGCCAAGGCUACGGACAAGAGCUCAAAAGCCGCGGCGGCUGCGGAGGAGGCAACGCGUAAAGCGACCGCCUUGGACCAGAAGUUCAAGGCUCUGGAACUCCAACAUUCCGAAGCUGUGGCUACCAUGGCCAGCCUAGAGAAGGAGAGCGCGCGCAACAUGCAGAAGGCAACGUCGGCAGCAGACCUUGCACGUACCUUGACCAAACAAUACAAGGAAGAGAAGACUGUCAAUGACUCUCUCCUCGCGCGGAUCAGGCAUCUUGAGAAGAUUGCUGCGGACGCUGCAGCCAAGGUGAAAGCAUUGGAUGCGCAGAAAGCGGAUUUGGAAGAGCAGAACCAUGACCUCACCAUGUUCAUUAGCGGCGCGCAGAAGAUCAAGGAAAUGCAAGCAAACGAGGUUUUUGGCCUGCAGGAAGGAGAGGUAGAAGGCGGGACGAUUGAAGUUGGCAAGAAAAAGAAGGGCAAAGGGAAGAAGGUGUAG